AAAAAAAAAAAAAAAAGAGAGAGGGAGAGAAAGAAAACACUUCCUGAGGCUGCUAUUUUUAGCAGUUGUGCAGUGUCCAAAAUGUUAACUAAUUGAAUCAUCAGGUUUCAUAUCUGGCCACAGAAAAUGGCAGUGGAAGAGGGAGAAUGCUUUCCAGAACAAUCUGACACAAAUGCAAGUUACUUGAGAGCUGCUCGAGCUGGCAACUUGGAAAAGGCUCUUGACUACUUAAAAAGUGGAGUGGACAUCAACAUUUCUAAUCAGAAUGGGUUGAAUGCACUCCAUCUCGCUUCCAAAGAAGGGCACGUAGAAGUUGUCUCUGAACUGAUACAGCGAGGUGCCAGUGUGGACGCAGCGACAAAGAAAGGAAACACAGCAUUGCACAUAGCAUCCCUGGCUGGGCAAGCGGAAGUUGUCAAAGUGCUGGUUACAAAUCGAGCCAAUGUCAAUGCACAGUCUCAGAAUGGUUUCACUCCUCUGUAUAUGGCAGCCCAAGAAAACCACCUGGAGGUUGUUAAGUUUCUUCUCGAUAAUGGUGCCAGUCAGAGCCUUGCCACAGAGGAUGGUUUCACACCUUUGGCAGUAGCUUUACAGCAAGGUCAUGACCAGGUGGUUUCACUGUUGCUUGAAAAUGAUACAAAAGGAAAAGUCCGUCUUCCCGCUCUACACAUCGCUGCUCGGAAGGAUGAUACGAAGGCAGCAGCUCUGCUCCUGCAGAAUGACCACAAUGCUGAUGUGGAGUCAAAGAGCGGGUUCACACCCCUUCACAUAGCUGCUCACUAUGGAAAUAUCAAUGUAGCUACAUUGCUGUUAAAUCGAGGAGCUGCUGUGGACUUCACUGCAAGGGUAAUUUACAGUGGGGCUCCAUCUCCAGAAUGGAGCCUGUAUGUUUUCAACCAGAUUAUCACUCAGAGGACUCAGCUCCCUGUACCAAGAUCUGAUUCUUUGGAGGCCUGUCCAGAGUGCAGUGUGGUUGAGUACGAAUGCAACAGGCAGCACUCAGAGAUGGAUUGCAUGUGGGCUACUGCUCCAAUUGAGGUGCCAACCACCAGGACUUACAGUCCUUCCUACCUCAGAUCCUGA